UCUCUUAUAGAUAAAGAUUUAUAUCUUCAUUUUAUUCCAGACUCACCGAUUUCUACUUCACAUUUUGUGGGUUACUAUAAUAUUAUGUUCUUGUAUCUUUGGUACAGAAGGGUGAACGUCUUGCCCCUGCUGGUGCUGCUGUUACACCUGCUCUCUGCAGCCUCUCAAGCGGUCCAGGAGUACAGCAUCGACACCACCUGGAAUGGGGGCCCGCUGGACCACACGCCGGUGCAGGUGUCCCUCUCAGGGAGUGCUGACCAGCAGUACCUGGAGGUCAGCAUCACCGCCCCCUUCUUCAACGACCCGCCUGCUCCCCCGGGCCCACCUGGACAACCUUUCUACGGUCUCUGGGAUUAUGAAGUGGUGGAGGUGUUCUUCCUCAACGACCAGGACCAGUACGUGGAGGUGGAGGUGUGCCCGUGGGGCCAACACAUCGUGCUGCUGCUGAACGGCAAGAGAGAGACCAUCAGACACUCCCUCCCACUGGAGGUCACCACGCAGAGGAACAACGACACGGGCAUCUGGACGGGCCUCGCCAGGAUCCCAGUCACCUAUCUCCCUCACAAGGUGAGCAAGUUCAACGCUUACGCCAUCCAUGGGUCCGGGGAGGCCAGAGUGUAUGAGGCUCUCUACCCUGCGCCCGCCACGGCUACUGACCCGGACUUCCACGCCCUCCAGUACUUCCAACCCAUUAACUUGACCCAGCUCCUCCCAGACCAAGCUGACGCCCCCAUCAGCCAGUUGUGGACCGACUCACUUGAAGGUGUGUUCCGGUACUCGAUCACCACCACCUGGGAUGAUGUCCCCUUGGCCGGCCAGCCAGUGCAGUUUACCCUUCAAGGAUUUCAGGCUGGGGUAGAGAUCAAUGUGACUGCCCCGUUCUACAACGACCCCGCCCCUGAUGGUCCCUCAGGUCAGCCCUUCUAUGGUCUCUGGGACUAUGAGGUGGUGGAAAUGUUCUUCCUGAACGACGAGGACGAGUACCUGGAGGUGGAGCUGGGGCCCUGGGGCCAGCACCUGCUCCUCCUGCUCAAGGGCGAGAGGAACACCAUCAAACACUCUCUCCCUCUCGACUACAUUGUUUUGGAGAAGACCGAUCCCGUGGGGGACACGCCGGGAGAGUGGCGUGGGUCUGCCAUGAUACCUCCUGGCUACUUCCCCCCCAACGUCACCAGGAUGAAUGCCUACGCCAUCCACGGUGUGGGAGACUCCAGGCAGUACCAGGCCCUCUAUCCUGCGCCACAUGGUGACCCAGACUAUCCUCAGCCUGAUUUCCACAAGCUUAGUCUCUUCAGACCCAUUGACUUCGAGUUUCAAGUGGCUGACAACAGCGAAUACUCGGACGUUUGGCUGGAGGCUAUAAACUCCGGUAGUACGACGCUCUCGCCGGAGUUUAAGACAGAGGAAACGGUGGAGCCUGUAACAGUCUUGAGUCUCAUAAUCACGACUGAGCCAACACCUGCCCCCACUUCUAAGCCAACACCUGCCCCCACAACUGAGCCAAAACCUUCCCCUGUGGCUGAGCCAACACCUUUCCCUGUGACCGAGCCACCGCCUGCACCCACGACUACUACCCAAGAAGAUGGGAAACCUGAGGGUGUGGCUCGUCUCGGUCUAGUCCAGAAAGUGAGGGGACGACGACCACAGCCCCUAAGGGUACCAAGCACCCCUUUUAGAGAUCAACGUUUAGCAAAUGAGAAUCGAGACACUGAACUAACCAGCGUAGGAAAUCGUCGUACAACUCAGUUGGUGCCAAGUCCCCAGCGAGUCGGUCCAAGCAGAGGCCAGCUUGAGCGACGUCGUCUACAACAGUCGGUAUUACCACCUGGCCAGUCUCUCACAGGACAAGAGCAGCAGUUCUCCGAUCCGAAUAUUCAGCAACCUGAGGACAGAAUUUUCCAGGAUCAAAGGCGUGGACAAGAGAGCCUGCAGCUCCAAAAUCAGCGUGUUCAGCAGCAAGGACAGCAAUUCCAGGAUCAGAGAUUUCAAGAAGAGACCUCAAGUAAACAAGAUCAACGAUUCCAAGAUCAGAGAUUCCAGCAGCAGGAUCAGAGAUUUCAAGAAGAGACCUCAAGUAAACAAGAUCAACGAUUCCAAGAUCAGAGAUUCCAGCAGCAUGAUCAGGGAUUCCAGCAGCAGGAUCAGAGAUUCCAGCAGCAGGAUCAGGGAUUCCAGCAGCAUGAGCAGGGAUUCCAGCAGCAUGAGCAGGGAUUCCAGCAACAGGAUCAAGGAUUCCAACAACAGGAUCAGAGAUUCCAGCAGCAGGAUCAGGGAUUCCAGCAACAGGAUCAGAGAUUCCAGCAGCAGGAUCAGGGAUUCCAGCAACAGGUUCCUCAGUUCCAAGACCCAACAUUCCAGCAAGAGUCCGUCCAUCUUCCAGAUUCAGUGGCGAGUUCAGCCACCAUUCCAGAGGCAGAGACUAAGGUGGAGGUGACCAUCCCGGACGUGGAGGCAGCAGUGGAGGCCCUGGUUGAACAGACUGCCGCUCUGCCACCCCCACAUCCUGUCUGCUUCGAGCCGGGCCUUGUGCCAGAUGAACAACGUUGCUAUGCGUUCCAUGAGUGCGUACUAGAAAAUGGAGCUUGGCAGGUGUACUCGUGGCGGUGUCGGAGAGGACACAUGUAUGACCCCGUCACUGUUGCUUGCGUUCGUGGAAGAUGUCGAAGGCGUGGAUGAGAGUAGUACAAUAUAUAUCCAAUACACGGACGAAGUUCGACGAUCUCGGACGUAGGUUCGAAUCCUCGUCACGGCCCUUGUGGAUUUGUUCAUAUAUCCAAUAGUUAUAAUAAACGCGUUGAAACCAAUUGUUUGUGUGAUGGUUUCUUUUUAAUUCUCAUUUAAGAGAGAAGAUGAUUGAAAACAAUUAUUGUAUUGUUUAUAUAAUAUUCUGAAUGAAUUUUGUUGUGUGUGAGCAAGUGUAUCAUUGUGUAAAUGAGAACUAGAAUAAGCUAGAAGUGUUUCUCAGUGAUCAUUACAUGUUACAAGUUAGAUCAUUACAUGUUUCCGCUUAUUUACGUGCUUACGGAAAUUAAACCGUAAUUCUAGACCAGUCUACGUAAAAGAAUUUAGAAGUAGGGGAGAGAAUUUCUCUUGACGCAUCGUUAUUGAAGCAGCUGGUUGUUAUUUCUUGAAAUAAAGACACAUAAAGUAA